CCGACAACGAAGUGGGAUAUUUCGCCUCUAGCGCGGAUUACUUUGCAUCCUGUGUUGUGCAAUGCGCAGAUGGACAUCGGAUCGCGCCCCACACUCGGAUAUACCUCAGGAUUAGCAAGCAUUCUCCUCCGCCUUGACAGCCACCCGCUUGCGCGUACGAUUGCAAAUCCAACUCAGAGAAACUCCAGCAAGGAGCUAGCUUCAGCUUACAGAGCUUCGCUAGAACCAGCUUUACUUGAAAAGAAGCUUAUGCUAGCACACAUUCUGAUCCUUCAACUUCAACUGGUGAAGCGGAAAACGUAAACAAAUAUUCAGAUCAGUAUACAUAUUGCAUUAAUCAUCCCCGGUUUUUGUGAAACGUUUUGUGAUUUGUUUCUAAAAACACCAGUGUCUUCAGAAAGCCACAGUGGAUGAUAAUCUUGGAUGAAAAUAGUCCACCAAUUCCAUAACCAGUGAUAAAACGUGUUUGUCAGUGGAAUUGUAAAUUUGACCACUUGUUGAUUCAGUGAUUCCAUAUUAAUUUUUACCACAUCGCAUAUUUCCCCGAUACCCUACGUGAUGUGUAACAGAUAAUUCAUCUUUCCUUGGGCACAAUAAACCAUCUAUAACCAUACUUUGUACAGUGUUUAUUUUGGUUGAAAACCACUAUUGCUCAUGUAUAAGUUACAACCACUAUCCUGAAAUCAUAAGUGUGUUUUACCCGCUGAUUAUUUUCACAUUAUGACCUUCAUUGUGCUGACAUCAAUAAAUAUCCCGUUGCUUGUGUGAGAAAUGUGCAUUAGUGUACCGAAAUGCAUGUGGAUAAUCAUACAUGUUUUUCCCCUGGCCAUCACUUCUUCUGCAGCAGUCCAUCACUAGUUCUCUCUCCGAAAAAUCAUUUUCAUUCUCGACUUCUUUCAUUCAAAUAAUUUUUACACAUUGCUAAAGGAAGAGAUAUGUGUUCUUGAAAAUCUGUUUACGUGAUUACCAAGUAUUAAAUCCAGAUCAUUGGAUAUAGCUCACCAAGGAAUCCAAUUGUGAUAAUAUUAUUUAUAGUUUCAUGUAUGUAAGUGCUUCUUCACUUAGAGUAAUUUUGAAUAAACCGUGCGAAAGAAUUAGGAUUUCCAACAAGUGGUACCACUGAAUUCUUUAGUGUCUUCAUCUAAAUCCGUUUCCCAGUCGAUAUCGCGUUCGAUUGCAUCGCAGUUUGUGCUCAAUCUACACAGGUUACUUUCGAUAUUCGUUGCCGAGAUCUCCUGGAAUAGUUUUGAUUUGUGUUUCGCCACUGGAAUUCGUGCGUUCUGAGCGGAGAACCAAUUAUUCUACAACAUAAAGCGGAGUAAAAGGAAGGAGAGAAAGGUCAGACUCAGCCCCCCUUCAGUUGCACACCUGUGAAGGGGGUGUUUCUCUUCCCCCUGAGGAACAAUAGUCGGGCAGGCGAGAGAGAGAGUCCUCGCAGUCCGCCUCAUGAACCAAGAAACAAGUGGACGGUUGUCGUCCCGUUGGCGACACAUGUAUUUAUCUGUCUGUCCGACCCUUCGAAAUGCUUCACUUCCAAGCUGCUGUCCGUCCCUGAUCGGGAUAGCCGGUUGAAAGGAAAGAAAAAAAGGUGUCCGCACCAUGCGCAAUCGCAUCCGGGCGCUGCUGUUGCUCGCCCUCAUCGCCGCAGGGGCAGUUAGGCCCGAACCGCCCGGUCCUGUUCAGCGGGGUCUGCUUGCCAUGCUGGGGCUGGAAGACAGGCCUCCGCCCACUAACCACAACAGGACCCUCUCGGACUACAUUCGGAGGACGUACCCGUGGUCGACUGGUAACACGCACCAUACCAUUCGCUAUUUCAGGAGCACGGAAAAGGCAUCCGGUGACGACUGCGAUCCUUUCCAAGCACACUACCACUUCAAACUCAACGGAAUCCCAGAGGAUGAGCAGGACCUCUGGGCAGCUGAACUAGUCCUUUAUCGCGAGAGUUCGAAUGACUCCCGACCACCUCUGCACCGGGUUCGCGUGUUCGACGUUAUCCGGGACGGGGACGUCCUGCUGGACAGUAAAGUGCUCGCCAGGACGGACGACGGAGUGUGGGAGAGCUUCGACGUAUUGCCUGCAGUGAGGCGGUGGAAGUCCGGUGGUUACAACUAUGGACUCAGAGUGAAAGUUGCUAGCACCGGCAAAGCCGGCCGCCUACGGCUACGGCGCGCCCUCCACGAGGAUUCGCACCGGUGGCAACAGUUUGAACCUCUCUUGGUGGUGCACUCCAGAGCGUCGACGAUUCGACCCACGAGGACUAAACGCAGCACCACACGAAAGGGUCACCGGCGGAAAGGUCGGAAAGACCACUGCCGACGGCACGCUCUUUACGUGGACUUUAUGGACGUGGGCUGGAACGAUUGGAUCAUCGCUCCGCCUGGUUACAAUGCGUACUACUGUUACGGCGAGUGCGCGUACCCACUGGCGGACCACAUGAACGCUACCAAUCAUGCCAUCGUGCAAGCUCUUGUCAAUUCCGCCAACCCAGCCGCCGUGCCAAGGGCGUGUUGUGUACCCACGGAGCUCUCUCCCAUAUCCAUGCUCUACAAAGAUAAGUAUGACAACGUCGUGCUUAAGAACUACCAGGAUAUGGUUGUUGAGGGCUGUGGGUGUCGAUGAGCAACUUUGGAACGUUGCUUUAGCUCCUUCGAACGCUUCCUGUAGAAUCGUCUAGAGCUCGCCCGAGUGCCUGAGACACGGCUUCGCAGGAUCCGGGAUCGCCAGCAGAUGAAUGCUCCCCUCCGAGGUCUUGCCAGUCCGGCAGUUGCUGUUGUUCAUUAUACAUGUUUUCAUCCGUUGAAUCGUACAGCAGUAGCCACAACAUCAAAUGAGUAUCACCUCCGUCCAUCAUUAGUGCCUUUGUUGCCACCGGUAUGAUCACUGCUUAAAUCGAGUCACCUGCACUUGAAUCUUCAGUAUUUUUAUUUCCAUCCAUUGAAUCUUCCACCAUCAUUGCCUAAAUUCAAAAAGUGAGAUCUGCUUAUGACAGCGACUUUCAUCUUGACAUGAAUCAAGACUUUAGUUCGCCAGCAGUAAAUUCAAUGUCAUUUUAGCAAGCGAAUGGUAAUUGUGAUCUGCAUCAUUCGAAAAAAAAAAUGAUCACACGGUUAUACGUUUCCAUCCACGAAAUGUGAGUUUCUUGUUUCGAGAGAGCGCUUCUGUAGCAUAUAUAAAAAUAUAAACGUUCUAUGUGAAUAAGAUGUUGCAAGUUUAUAGAGAAUAUGACGGUGCAGAGAAUAAUGUUUUCUGGAAUUAGCAGCUAAUCUAUAUUUUGAGCAUUGUAAAUAAAAU